CAGAGAUUCUGGAUCAAAGUUAUAGUCCUUGAAAGAGAACACGCGUGUUGAAUAUGGAGGAAACGAUGAUGGGCUGGAGGACUUACUUGCCAUACAUCAAUGGCCAUGAAUCAUGUGGCAUACUGGUUGGGAUAGUUGUUGCUGUGUCAGUGCCUAUCAUCCUGUCACUCAUAUUAGCAGUGAAGAGAAAGACAAAACAAAGAGGAGUGCAAGUCAAUGUUGGAGGUGAGGAAGGCAUAGCAAUGCGUAGUGCCAAGUGGCCCAAAUUGAUUGAAGUUCCUUGGGAAGGAGCAACUACUAUGGCAGCUUUGUUUGAGCAGUCAUGCAAGAAGCAUUCUCGAAAUCACUUUCUUGGGACAAGGAAACUCGUAAGUAGGGAUUAUGUCGUUGCUAGUGAUGGAAGGAAGUUUGAAAAGCUACAUCUUGGAGAGUAUAAAUGGGAGACUUAUGGUGAGGUGUUUGAUCGUGCAUCUAAGUUUGCUUCUGGGCUAAUCAAACUAGGUCAUGAUAAGGAUAGGCGUGUUGCAAUUUUUGCUGACACUCAAGCAGAAUGGUUUAUAGCCUUUCAGGGUUGCUUUCGACAAAACAUUACUGUUGUCACUAUCUAUUCAUCCCUUGGUGAGGAGGCCCUGAUCCACUCACUCAAUGAGACACAAGUUUCGACCCUGAUAUGUGAUCGCAAGCAGUUGAAGAAGUUGGAUGCUAUAAGUUCGAGCUUGAAAACUAUAAGCAAUGUUGUUUACUUUGAAGAUGAUGAAACAGAAUGUGCCUCCAACAACCAGGCUUGGAGUAUUAAUUCAUUCACUGAAGUUGAGAAGCUUGGGGCAGAAAGUCCUGUUCAUCCUAGACUACCUGUCAAGGAAGAUGUUGCGGUUAUCAUGUAUACCAGUGGCAGUACAGGUCUACCAAAGGGAGUCAUGAUAACUCAUGGAAACAUUGUAGCUACUGCAGCUGCAGUUAUGACAUUGAUUCCAAACUUGGGAGAAAAUUAUGUUUACUUGGCGUAUUUGCCUCUGGCUCACGUUUUCGAGUUGGCAGCAGAGUCUGUGAUCUUGGCUGCUGGCUGCUCAAUUGGUUAUGGUUCACCAUUGACUUUGACAGACACUUCUAAUAAAAUCAAGAAAGGGACCAAGGGAGAUGCAUCUGCCUUGAAGCCUACCAUCAUGACAGCAGUUCCAUCCAUUCUGGAUCGUGUUAGAGAAGGAGUUACAAAGACGGUUGAGGCGAAAGGUGGUUUUGCAAAGAAAUGUUUUCGGAUUGCGUAUAGUAGACGACUAGCAGCUGUAGACGGAAAAUGGUAUGGAGCCCGUGGACUAGAGAGAUAUAUGUGGGAUGUCAUUGUUUUCAAAAAGAUACGAAGCGUUCUUGGAGGAGAGAUCAGAUUCAUGCUAUGUGGCGGAGCACCUUUAUCUGCUGAGACACAGAGAUUUAUUAACAUCUGCAUGGGAGCACCUAUUGGCCAAGGCUACGGCUUGACAGAGACUUGUGCUGGAGGCGCUUUUACAGAGUGGGAUGACAACUCUGUUGGACGUGUUGGACCACCACUUCCUUGUUGCUAUAGCAAGCUUGUUUCUUGGAAAGAAGGUGGGUACCUAGCAACUGACAAACCAAUGCCACGAGGCGAAAUUGUAAUUGGUGGUUGCUGUGUAACUGCUGGUUACUUCAACAAUGAUGCUAAAACAAAUGAGGUUUUCAAGGUGGACGAGAAGGGAAUGCGUUGGUUCUAUACUGGUGACAUUGGACAAUUUCACAAUGAUGGUUGUCUUGAAAUCAUAGACAGAAAGAAGGAUAUUGUAAAACUCCAGCAUGGGGAGUAUGUAUCUCUUGGCAAGGUUGAGGCAGCAUUAAUGUCAAGCGAGUACAUAGACAAUAUAAUGGUGCAUGCUGACCCACUUCACAGCAAUUGCGUGGCUUUGGUAGUCCCUUCUCACCCAACACUUGAGAAAUGGGCCAAGGAAGCGUCCAUUGAUUACAAAGAGUUUGCUGAAUUGUGUGACAAAGUUGAAGCUGUCAAUGCGGUCAUGCAAUCUAUUUCCAAGGUAGGUAAAGGUGCGAAACUAGACAAGUUUGAAAUACCUUCAAAGAUAAAGCUAAUACCUGAACCAUGGACACCUGAAUCUGGGUUACUUACUGCUGCUCUCAAGUUGAAGAGGGAAUCCCUCAAGGCCAAAUACAAAGACGACCUUAACAAUCUCUAUCGGUAAAACAUUUUCCUGCAUCGUCUAUUAAUUACUAUCCAACUGUUGUUACUCUCUUAUAAAAUUAGUUCUAGUUUUACGCGGAGGAUGAGCAGAGAAUUAGAACUGCAAUUUAUUACCCAUAUAUUUACUUUUGAUCCUUUAUACAGUUGCUAUAAAAAGUCCCUUUUGGAAAGAAUGAUGGAAAUCUAACUUUUGACUAGUUUCAUUGCUUUGAAUAAUAUCAUAUCAUCUUCUCAAUCUUGUCCAGCUUAUUCACCCUUUGCAUUGACCUGAUAAGCAGCGU